AUGCCUGCGGCGCUGGCUGGCACGAACUGCAAGCGGCACGGGCUGCGAGCGGGGCAGCUCUGGCAGACCACAGCGGCUCCGCUGACCGCAGCGCGCGGGGAGCCGGCCCCGCUGGCCGCGGCGCAGACAGGCGCCGCGGGGCGGGGAGGCAGCACAGAGGGGCGCGAAUACCCUGGGAAGUCAAAGCAAGCUGAACCAGUAAGCAUCACACUCAGGCCAGGAGCAGUCCCGGUAAGGCAAAAACAAUAUCCUUUGAAAUUAGAAAGCCGAAAAGGCUUAGCACCUAUAAUUGAAAGGUUUCUUAAAUUUGUGUUACUGGUAGAAUGUGAAUCCAGAUUUAAUACCCCCAUCCUACCAGUGAAAAAGGCUGAUGGCAAAAGCUAUCGGCUAGUCCAAGAUCUUAGGACCAUCAAUAAAAUAACUGAGGACAUCUACCCGGUGGUAGCCAACCCCUAUACACUGUUACCACUGACAGAAGAUUUAGGAUGGUUCACUGUACUCGAUCUUAAAGAUGCCUUUUUCUGCAUUCCUGUACAUAAAGACAGCCAAGAGCUUUUUGCCUUUGAGUGGGAAAAUCCUGAGACGAGGAAAACGCAACUAACCUGGAGAGUUCUUCCACAAGGCUUUAAGAACAGUCUGACAAUUUUUGGGAACCAGUUGGCAAAAGAACUGGAAGACUGGAGAAGACAGCAGCAAGAAGGAGUUGUCCUGCAGUAUGUAGAUGACAUCUUAAUUGCAGCCAGAAGCCAGGACCAAUGCAUCGAGCUCACUGUAAGUCUCUUGAACUUUUUGGGGCUAAGUGGGUAUCGGGUCUCAAGAGAGAAGGCACAAAUAGCCAAAGAGAUAGUCAUCUACCUGGGGCUUGAAAUCUAUCGUGGGCAUCGGCGACUCAGCACAGACCAAAAAGAGGCCAUUUGCCGUCUCCCAGAGCCCCACACUGUACGAGAGAUGCAGGCCUUCCUGGGAAUGGUAGGAUGGUGUCGGCUGUGGAUAGCUAACUAUGGGUUGCUAGUCAAACCUCUGUAUGAAGCCCUGAAAAUGGCCAAAGAGGGAGUUGUAACAUGGAUAGAUGAGACCAGAGAUGUGUUUAAACAACUGAAACAGUCCUUGAUGUCAGCUCCAGCACUAGGAUUACCAGAUUUAACUAAACCUUUCGAACUGUUCACACACGAGCAGUUGAAUGUUGCUCUGGGGGUAUUAUCGCAAACUCUGGGAUGGAGUCAGAAAGCUUCGCAGCUCCGUGCUGCCUGCCGCCCCCCCCGGCGCGUUCGCCGCCACCUCCACUGGCCCCGCGCCCUGCCCAGAAGCUGCGUGGGACCGAGGGAACCCUGUGCCGACCGCGUCCAGCAGCCCCCGAACCCCACCUCGCCUAGCAACCCCCGCCAUCCGCCCUUGCCGAGACCGAGUCCGCCGCUGUCCCCUGCCGCUGUGCGCCGCGCCGAGAAGGAGCGCCGCCACCGCCCGCGCCGAGGAGAAUCCGCCAGCCCGCGCCGCUGCAGCCAGCGCCGCGGAGGAGCCGCGUCGCCUCCGCUGCCGCCGCAGAUCGAGCACACCGCGCGCCGCCGCCGAGCCCCGCCGCCGCCGGAGCCGCUAGCUGCACUGAGGGACGCCCAGCAGCCACGCCGGAGCCUCGGGGACCCGAGCAGACCCCCACGGAGACGCCGGGAGAAAAAAAGCGGCGGAGAAGCAGCCGACUCAGAAACCGAAACUAACUGCAGCCGAACAAAGAAACAUGUGCCACAGCCGCCGAACCAAGCAACUGUUAUCCUGAUUGAAGAGGCCCGGAAGCUCACCCUUGGGCAGCAUAUCACCGUGUAUGUACCCCAUGCAGUUCAAGCCGUGCUUGAACAAAAGGGAGGCCACUGGCUGUCCCCCAGCAGAAUGCUUAAGUAUCAGGUUGUGUUGCUGGAACAGGACGAUGUUACUUUGAAAACAACAUCUAUUGUAAAUCCAGCUAUGUUUCUGUCCUCAACACUAACCGACAGUGUCCCCAAGCAUGACUGUUUACAGACUAUAGAAGAGACUUAUUCCAGCAGACCAGACCUGAAAGAUGUGCCUCUGGAAAAUGCAGACUGGGAACUGUAUACAGACGGAAGCAGCUUCAUGCGAGAUGGUAAGCGCUUCACAGGGUAUGCAGUGACGACCAGAGAUGAAGUGAUCGAGGCAAAGGCCUUGCCAGCAGAUGUGUCAUCCCAAAAGGCAGAACUAAUCGCGCUGACAAGAGCCUUGGAACUGAGCAAAGGAAAGAAGAAGCUCCAGAGGGUCAUCGAGUUAUCCAGACCCAUAGGACUGGACACCCCUGCUCAUCCCUUCCAACCAGGAGACUGGGUCUACGUCAAGCGGUGGAACAGUGACCCCUUGCGAGCCAAGUGGAGAGGACCAUACCAAGUCCUGCUGACUUCCCUCACCGCUGUCAAAGUCGCUGGCAGAGAACCCUGGUUCCACUAUUCCAGAGUCAAAAGAGCACCAGCUCCUGGAACAACCAGCCAAUCAGAACCGGACACCGACGAAGAAGAUGUGGCAUAG